CGGCGUUAGUGAUGCUGACGUGUUGAAUCAGAUCGGCAUCAGGCGAAGUAACUACGUGAAUUUUAUAAAUCCGCCUCGUGAACAAGAUCUAACACCAAUAAGUUGUAUUGGUUUUUAAAAAACGUUGUUGUUUACCAAACAACUAUAAUCCCAGCAACUCCGCAUUCCUCAUAAAAUGAGCUACUUUCAAGUCCAAGUCGAGCGUCUGGAAAGCCUUUUUAAAGACGCAAGAAUCAACGCCAGUGAAAUCAUCCGAAUCUACUUUGACAUGAUCCGCCAUAAAGAUUUCGAGACGUCAAACGUCAUUCCCUUUCUCAAUGAGAAAGCCGUUCUUCUCCUGUCACCUGAAGUGGUCGACGUCUUGAAAAAUAAUCGACUCGACGCCUUCAGCUAUUUGCUGGUGGCCAACAAUCUACUGGAUUUGGAAAACGUCAAAGAGGAUUUACUCAACGGAGAUGUCCUGGAGAAAGCGACUCCCCCAAAUACUUUAAGAAUUCUGAUAGCGCAGCUAAAUCUAGAGGCAGCCGUCCAAGCACUCACAAUUCACGAACGUGUUAUUUCUAAGAACAAAAGCAGCCGGCUAGCACUCAAACUAAAAAAACAAUGUCCGUUAUUGAGAAAAAUAGGCAAACUGCAUUUUUUCAAAUUAAAUUUACAAGCAGUAUCAACUUUUGCUGGUGCUUCUAACAUCAAACGAUUUUGCUUGGGCGACCCAAACUCCCCCAUGACUAGAACGUGCAAAACCAUUUUGCUGAUGGGAGCCACGGGGUCGGGAAAGACGACAUGGAUCAACGCUAUGAUCAAUUACGUGUUGGGGGUUGAAUGGGAGGAUGAUUUCCGGUUCGUGCUGGUCGACGAAGAUGUCAGAGGUAGGACGCAAGCUCACAGCCAAACCCAGGGAGUCACAGCCUACGAGCUCCGCUACCGAGAUGGAUUCCGCAUUCCCUUUUCACUAACAAUUAUCGACUCGCCGGGAUUUGGAGACACGGCAGGAAUCAAACGCGACAAGGAAAUCACACUGGACAUUGAAAAUUUGUUCAGAGAUAAAAAUGGCAUCGAGGAUUUGGAUGCAGUUGGAAUUAUUGCGCAAUCCACAGAACCUCGUCUGACUUGUACCCAAGAAUACAUUUUCAAUUCGGUAUUGAACAUUUUCGGCCGAGACAUUGAAGAGAACAUCCACUUCCUUCUGACUUUUUCCGAUGGAAAUUCACCCCCUGUCUUGGCUGCCUUAAAAAAGGCAAAUCUUCAGUGUCGCAAGGAUUCCGAGGGAUCGCCGUGCUACCAGAAAUUCAACAACGGUGUCAUUUACGAAUCGCAACAAUCGGACGAAUUCUCGCACUUCCAUUGGAAGAAUACCAUGGGUAAUUUCAAGAUGUUCUUCGAGGAACUGUCUGGUAUGCCAACCAAAUCGCUGCAGAUGACUAAGGAAGUGCUGAGGAUCAAGAAAUUUCUCGAAAUGCACCGGGAGUUCAUACAGAACAGCAUCGAAAGACAACUGAUGAAGAUGGAGGAAUUGCACAAGACGGAAGAAUUCAUCGACCGGAACCGAGACAAAGUCAAUAACAACAAAAACUUUCAAAUGAAAGUGCCCGUGAUGAAGAAAGUGAAGGUCAUUGUAGACGGUAAAAAAGCGCUCAACUGCACGGUGUGCCAAUUCACAUGCCACUAUCCUUGCAAUCCAAACAUUUGGGAGGAAUCUUGCCCAGCGUUUUCAAUGCACAUCUUCCGCGAUAUAAUGGUGAAAAUUAAAAACAUAUUCGAAAAAAUACCGAGCGCCCAAUUUGAACGUCUAGUAGGAGAUUGGGCGGCAGCGAUAGCGACGUUGCCGCAGUUGAUAGAGGGAGCGCUUCCUUUUAUUAAUGCAGCUUCCAACUGCUUGCCGGGAAAUGCACCAUGCAACGUUUGCCCAGGAAAAUGCCCGAAAGAUAAACACCAACACGAAGACUACAAAUGGGACUCGAUCCAGGAAGUGGAGACGCAGACCCUGUACGAAGUGCGUGAAAAGUACAAAGCCGCCAAGAAACAGCAGUCGAACGCCGAAGAGAUCCUGCAGGGACUGAAAGAAGAAAUCGAACGGUUGAAAUCAGACAUUUUCAAGACGAUGGAAGACAUCACAGACUGUUCGAAUGUGUUGAAGAAAAUAGCACUGCGGGGUAAUCCGCUUACCGUUAUGGAUCACGUCCAGAUUAUUAUUGAAAACGAGAAGAGAGACGAGAAACCCGGGUACGAAGAGAGGAUUAAGAGUUUGCAAGAGUUGAAGACUUCAUUUACCGAUAAGAAAUAAAGCACAGUCCUAAGCACUUUAUAAAUAAUAGUUAUUUCUAC